AUGAGGCAGAUGAUUCUGGUGGGUCUCCACGGGUUGGGCUUGCCCAACAUCGUCUCCAAGCACAGCUCACAGUUUCGGGGCAACGCGCAGCAUGACGCCCUCGAGUUCCUGCUCUGGCUGCUGGACCGCAUGCACGAGGACCUGGGCGCUGCCUCCCCUGCCCAGCAGACCCGUCCCAGCGAGGACGGGAGCAACGGUGCCAGCAGCUCCCCACCGGCCGCCCAGCAUCCCCGCGGGCAGAGCUUCGUGCAGAGCCAUUUUCAGGCGCAGUACAGGUCCUCCCUGACGUGCCCUCACUGCCUGAAGCAGAGCAACACCUUCGACCCCUUCCUGUGCAUCUCCCUGCCCAUCCCGCUGCGCCAGACCAGGGCUCUCAACGUCACCCUGGUGCUGCAGUGCGAGCGCCGGCGGUUCGUGCGGGUGGGGCUGGCCGUGCCCCUGCUGGGCACCGUGGCCGAGCUGCGGGAGAUGGUGGCGCGGGAGGGACACAUCCCCCCGGAGCAGGUGAUCCUGGCCGAGGUGUCCCCGCGGGGCUUCCUGCGCUCCCUGGGUGACGCGGAGGAGCUGGGUGCUGCCGGGGAGGGGGCUCCCCUCUACGCCUUCCAGCCCCCCCCUGCCGGCCGUGCAGGUAUGCUCUACUGUGAUAGGUUCGGGCCGCCGCUGGUGCUGCGGGAGGAGCGGGGCGUCUCCUGGGAGCAGCUCCAGCAGAGCAUCCUGGCCCAGCUGCAGGCGCUGCUGCGGGGCGACGUGCAGGCGCAGGGCGCGGGAGCCCUCUUCCGCAUCCGCCUGGCCGGGGGCUCGGCCCCCUGCACCUACCUGUCCCCGCAGGACCCCCGCCCUCUCUGCCACCCCGCCGUUGACAGAGCCCUGCAGCUGAGCGGGACAGGUGGCCCUCCCCACGUGAAGCUGACGGUGGAGUGGGACGUGAGCACCAAAGAGCGCCUUUUCGGCAACAUCCAGGAGGAGGUGGUGCAGGAUGCAGAGAGCGUGCGGCUGCAGCAGCAAGCGCACCGGCAGCAGCACAGCUGCACGCUGGAUGAGUGUUUCCAGCUCUACACCAAGGAGGAGCAGCUGGCCCCGGAUGACGCCUGGCGCUGCCCGCACUGCAAGGUGCCCCAGCAGGGCACGGUGAAGCUGAGCCUCUGGACGCUGCCCGACAUCCUCAUCAUCCACCUCAAGCGCUUUCGCCAGGUGGCUGAGCACCGGCACAAACUCACCACGCUGGUGAAGUUCCCCCUGCGGGGUCUCGACAUGGCCCCCCACAUGGCGCAGCGGAGCCAGGCUGGCGGGCAGCUGUUGGGGCGCUGGGCGCCCUGGCAGCCCCCCCUCUGCCUGCCCCCAAGUUGCCCCCGCGACUACCUCUACGACCUCUACGCUGUCUGCAACCACCAUGGCAGCAUGCAGGGCGGCCACUACACUGCCUACUGCUGCAACGCCCUGGACGGGCGGUGGUACAGCUACGACGACAGCAGGGUGGAGGGGGUGCAGGAGGCGGAGGUGAGCACCCGCAGCGCCUACAUCCUCUUCUACCAGCGCCGCAACGCCGUGCCCGCAUGGUCGGCCAGCAGCUCCGUCAGGGGUGGCUUCGAGGCCAGACCCUUGGUGCGCGGCGUCCAGGGCCGCAGCCUCAGCGUCAAGGUCUCGCCCGCCGGCGGCCCCCCCGGGGCCGUGCCCCCGCGUUGGUCCUUCGCCGGCGACUAUUUUGGGGGGGCGGGCGGGCGGGUCCCCCACACCAAGAUCUAUGCAAUACGCGAUUCCUCCAGCCAGCUUUUGUACGCGGGGGUGCAGCCCCCACCGCCGGCGGUUUCUAUUAAAGACACGUGA